AUGGUGAGACUGGGCAAUUCCCAAAUUUUCCUCAAGGAAAAUUUGCUGCAGCCAAGAAAAACUUGGGCAGGCCUUUUUGGAUCUGCCAUGUCUCACRGAUAUGUGGCUCUGAUAACAAGAUUAAUUUCCAGUUGUUCCAAAGUGCCAUCCUUUGAGUUGAUUUUCAUCUGUUCAGUGUUACUGUUGGUGCUGUCURUUACGGUUGUAUUUUACUACUGUGAGCCUCCCUUUGGCCCCAAAGGACAUAGUCUGUGGCUCUUCUUCUAUGGCAUCUGCAACAUUAUCUCCAUUACCUGAGCUWAUGCGGUCUUCUCUGUAGUGCCCCCCAGCAAUGAGACUGUCAUGUAGAGGGCUACCAUGACGUUCAGUACCAUUUUGGCUUUUUUACUCCUAUACGAAGGAAUGGCUCAUACAGACAUAAUUACUGUACUUAGCAAUGUUGGUGUGUAUCAUGUCAUGAUUCCCAACAUUGUGAGUGAGGACAACUCUUUGCUUGGCACUUCGAAGGAAGCCUUUGGCUACACCACAGCUAUGAUGACAGGUUUGAGGCCUGCUCUCUCCACGAUCUACAGGUCAACCAGAGAUAAUGUCAGCAUCUGGAGGGUGCUGUUCACCUUUACCUGGACAAGAACUGUAUGGGGAGCGUCCACCAUGUUCUUCCUUCAAGAGCCAAUCAUCCUGCUGCAUGAAGAAACCUAGAGCUAUCUCCUUGCUCUCUGCCUGUGCUCCAUGGGCUUCCUGGUGGUCUACUAUGCCCUGAGCAAGUUGAACCUUGCCGGUCAGCACUUGGACAAAGUCAUCGCCGGGCUCCUGCAGCUCAUCGUGCUGCGAAUCAUUCCUGGUACUUACAAGCUUCUUGGUAGAGCAGUUAUUUUGGUUAGUGUUUUUUUACCCCUCACGUGCUAUAAAUUGUCCUGGAAGAUGAUGAUAUCAAGAGAUUCUGGGUUCUUUCAUUAAAAGAAUUCCAGCUUUGCUUUGUGGUGCUUGUAUGUGGCUGUGAGAGAGCAGCAUUUCAACUGUGUCUAUUCUAGAGCCAGUGUCAGGUUCCAUCGCUACUGUUUAAAUUCACAAUUGAGGAAUCAAUGCUGGUACUUCCAGAGUUGCAUGGCAAGUGAAUUUGUUCCUAUGUGUAAAGUCUCUGACAUUUUUGACAUAUGAAAAAAUGUAUCUGUCUCUCCAGCACGUAGGGUACGUGAGCAGAGGCUGACCUACGGAAGUGCAGACUGGAUUACAGGCAUUUUCCUUCUCCGCUGCCCUAGAUAAGAGGGAUGCGCUAGUGACUCUCCUUCACUUGUACUGCGAUAGUAGGAAAAAUGAACAGCAAAGGCCUUAAAACAGUGAACCAAAGUGUUCAAAUCCCAGGUAACAUUCUCUAAACACUGACUGUAAUACUUGUAAUUAAGUAAUGUUCUUAUUGCUGUGGUUUUAACUU